AAGAUGAUAGAGUUUUAUUUAAUGUUAUUCUGAAAUCUGAAUCAGAUCGCGAUAAACACUAUGAAUGGUUAAAGAAUAAUACCAAUAUAACUGUUGUACAAUUUAACAAAAAUAUUUUAUCGAUUAAAGAUAAAAAUAUUGCAAAGGAUUUUUCUGUUGAUGGUUUUUGCGGAUACCAUGGCUGGUUUACUCAAGAAUUUGCUAGUAAAGAAUUAACGCAGAGAGAUGAAGUCGCUGUUGUGGAACAAGAUUCUAUAAUGAAAGUUAAUUAUGUGGUUCCACGUGAUGUCCAGGAUGCCAUAAUCCCAAAUCGAAAUUUGGAUCGUAUAGAUCAAGCAAAUUCUAUUUUAAAUAGAAAAUAUGACUAUCCUCAUACAGCAGGUGAAGGCGAGCACUCAGAAUUUGAAGGACGUGCUAAAUCUGGUGGUUUUUUUUGCGACGGAUGUACUAGUGAUAAUGACGAAACUGGACAUGGAACUAAUGUUGCUGGAAUUGUAGCCGGUAAAAAUUUUGGUGUCGCAAAGAAAUCUACAGUUAUUUCUGUAAGAGUUUUCAAUGCUACCGGUGGGGUUGCUUCAGCAGGUAUUUUUUCUAAAUUUGAUAUGAGUUCACUAUCAGGAACUUCUCAAGCAUCACCAUUUGUUGCUGGUACACUUGCUCUUAUUAUUGCUAAAAAUGGUAAUACAAGUCCAAAAAAAAUGGCCACUGAAUUGAAGGAUUUGUCAACUAAAAAUGCAGUAGAUUUUGGUACAAAUGCUAUUGCAAAAGAUACUCCAAAUAAUUUUGUGCGCGUACCUGCACCAUAA